ACAGCCCGAAACUUUUAGGGGGGCGGCGGCGCUAUGGCUGGCCCACCAGCGGUGCCAUUGGGACCGCUGCCGCCUGGGCCGGUGGUUUCUGCGACCCAAGAAGGAGAGCCGGAGGCAGAGCCGCAGGCUGGCUUCUCGCGGCUGGGCCCCCUGCGCACGGAGAGGACCAAGGCUCGCUACGAGGGCUACUGCGCCCACCCCAACCUGGACGGGUCGGACCAGGAGUGGCACCUGCGACAUGGGGUGUCCGUGCUGGAGGACGGCGGGUGUCGUUUUGGCCCGACCACCACCCUGCUGGACGCCUGCCUCCCGGAUUGGAUGCGGGCGCAGCUCGGCCGCUUCGGAGAGCCCACCCCGCUCCAGGCAGUCGCCUGGCCGGCGCUGAGGACCAACCGGGACCUGGUGGCCGUCGCGGAGCCGGGCUGCGGCAAGACGCUGGCCUACGCGGUGCCGCUGCUGGUGCGGGCGGCGGCCUUGCAAGGCGCUCGUGCGGAGCAGCCGGACUGGUGGCAGCAGCUGGCGUGGACGGAGUGGCGCCAGCGGCCCCCGGACGGCGUGGUGCUGGUGGGCACGGCGGAGCUGGCGCACCAGGUGAAGCAGUUGAUGGAGCCGCUGGCGGAAGCCGGGCGCGUGCAGGUGGCGGGUGGAGGCGACGCCGAGGCAUCCCCGGACGGCGCCAAAGAGUUGUCCCGAGCCGGGGUUUUGGUGCUGACACCCUGGCAGCUCCAGCUGCAGAGCUGGGCCCUGGGCAACGAGGACCUCACGGCGCUGAAUCAGGAUAUCCUCAUCGUCUUUGAUGGCGCUGAUCGAAUCAUCAAGGACGGUGAAGAUGAUGGUGCUCAGGCGCGAACGGUGCUGGACCUGUUGCCCAAGAAUCGGGUAUUGGCAUUUUUCAGCCCCACGUGGCCGCAGAGGACAGAGCAGAUGGCGAGAAGGCAUUUGCGGAACGAUGCCGUGCUAAUCCACGCAACUACGGAGUGCCCGGCCAACGCAAGCGGCUUCUGCCUGGAGUCUCGCUUUGUGGUUCAGCGCUUUGAGGUGAUGCACGUGCUGGCGAAGCCGGCCAAGCUGCUGGAGGCCGUGCAGGCGGCUGCACGGCGGAAAGGCGGAAUGGCCAUCUUUUGCAACAGCCACACCGAGGUGGAGAAGGUGGCGCAGGGCCUACAAGGCCUGACGGUGGUGCAGGUGCACGAGCAUGCGAACGAGGAUGAGACCCAAGAGCGCUUGAAUGCGCUGGAUGGAACGUGGGCGAUUGUGGCCACGACCAUGCUGGGCCGUGGGGUGGUGUUUCCCAAGGUCCAGUGGCUGAUCAACUAUGAUAUGCCCAGCAUCCUGGAGUACUUGCUGCGGGUGCGUUUGGCCGGGCGCGGCAGCCUGCCGGGCCGUGCUUUGACCUUCCUGACCAAGGCGGACCUUUUGGAGGCUCAAGACCUCAUCGCGAUUCUGGAGUCCUUGGGCCAGGAGGUGCCAGAGUUCUUAAGAGGGGCUGCCGCCAAUUACAUGGAGCACCUGCGCAGAGAGGAUCCGGAUGAGGCCAUGCGCCGCGAGAGGAGGACCCGUGCCUUCCAUGGCAGGCACAGCGUUCGCCGGGAGGUUGGAUCAUGGCAAGGCAGCAGGCCGCCCAGACAUGUCGAUCCGGUCUUGGAUGGGACCUGGAAGGACUACAAGCCCACCGGGUAUGUGAGAACUGCACAGGCCGUCCGGGCACCGGUCAGGAGGCCAACGCCGGAGGCCAAAUUGAAGCCGGCCAAUGAGCUCCCCGACCUGAUCGACCUGGACUGAUCAGGAUGCAUCGCCGAGAUGGGAUGGAAGCAGAAGGACAACCUGGAGACCUAUCUCUCCGGAGUUGGACCUGGCGACUGAGUUCACCUUUCGAGGUGGCCGUUCGAGGCCUUCGGGUCCUCGUGUGCGGAUGGGGUUUCUUGGGAGCUCCGCGCGCCGGUUCCAACCAGGCGGGCGGGAUCAGCCCGCCGUUUUGAACAGACCCGUUUUGGGUUGACGCAGACAAAUGGGGCCUCUGCGGGGGUUGUCAAAAUGGGUGCCCCUUUUUGGACCCUCAGGUUUGACAACCUCCCAAUGUGGUCUCGGAAGCUGCUGAGGAGAAA